GCUGCUCCCGCGCCGGCCGCUCCGCUCUCGUCCGCCCGCCCGAGUCCUCCGCGGCGGCGCCAUGAGGCUGCGGGGUCGCGGCCCGCGCACCUUCUCCGCCUGCAGCGCAGGGGCGGGCGACACGCGGCGGCUGGCACCCCCCGGGCGGAAUCCCUUCGUGCACGAGCUUCGCCUCGGCGCCCUGCAGAAGGUCCAGGUGGCCUUCAUGACGCUGACGCUGUUCCCCAUCCGCCUCCUGUUUGCCGCCUUCAUGAUGCUGCUGGCCUGGCCCUUGGCACUCAUGGCCUCUCUGGGUCCUGCUGACAAGGAGCCUGAGCAGCCCCCAGCGCUGUGGCGGAGGCUCGUGGACGUCCUGCUCAAGGCCAUCAUGCGCACCAUGUGGUUUGCGGGCGGCUUUCACCACGUGGCCGUGAAGGGGCGGCGGGCGCUGCCCAGUGAGGCCGCCAUCCUCACGCUGGCACCGCACUCGUCCUACUUUGACGCCAUCCCUGUCACCAUGACCAUGUCCUCCGUCGUGAUGAAGGCGGAAAGCAGGGACAUCCCAAUUUGGGGAACCCUGAUACGGUACAUACGGCCAGUGUUCGUGUCCCGGUCCGACCAGGAUUCCCGCAGGAAAACCGUGGAGGAGAUCAGGAGCCGAGCACAGUCCGGCGGAAAGUGGCCACAGAUAAUGAUUUUCCCAGAAGGAACUUGCACCAAUAGGACCUGCCUGAUUACCUUCAAGCCGGGUGCGUUCAUCCCCGGAGUUCCGGUGCAGCCCGUGGUGCUGAGAUACCCGAACAGGCUGGACACCAUCACGUGGACGUGGCAGGGGCCCGGAGCGUUGGAGAUCCUGUGGCUCACGCUGUGCCAGUUCCACAACCGGGUGGAGAUCGAGUUCCUCCCCGUGUACAGCCCUUCGGAGGAGGAGAGGAGGAACCCCGCGCUCUACGCCAGCAACGUGCGGCGCGUCAUGGCCGAGGCCCUGGGCAUCUCAGUGACCGACUACACCUUCGAAGACUGUCAGCUUGCGCUGGCAGGGGGGCAGCUGCGCCUCCCGGCCGACUCCUGCCUGCUGGAGUUCGCCAGGCUGGUGCGGGGCCUCGGGCUGAGACCCGAAAACCUUGAAAAGGAUCUGGACACGUACUGGGAAAGUGCGCAGAUGCGGAUGCGGAAGGGCGGGAAGGUCGGCCUUGGGGAGUUCGCCGCGUGCCUGCAGGUGCCGGUCUCCCCCGUGCUGGAGGACAUGUUCGCGCUCUUCGACGAGGGUGGCUGCGGCGAGGUGGACCUGCGGGAGUGUGUGCUCGCCCUGUCAGCCGUGUGCCGGCCGGCCCGGACCCUGGACACCAUCCAGCUGGCGUUCAAGAUGUACGGGUCACCCGGGGACGGAGGCGUGGACGAGGACCAGCUGUCGCGCAUCCUCAGGACCGCCCUGGGCGUGGCGGAGCUCCCCGUCACUGAGCUGUUCCGGGGCAUCGACGAGGAGGAGAAGGGGAGAAUCACCUUUGCCGAGUUCCAGAGGUUUGCAGAGCUGUACCCCGACUUCGCCGAGGAGCACCUGCACCCCGAGCGUCAGUCCUUCCAUGGCACCACCCUGCCACCACCCACGCCCACCCCCAAUGGCUUCUGCACCGACUUCAGCCCCGAGAGCUCGGACUCGGGGACAAAGCCUCGCUGUAAGAAGCUGGACUAGGGCUCGUGGACCGAGGCCGAGGCCUCUCCCACACCCCAGCCGCCUCCGGCGACAGGCUGUGCCCAGCAGCCUCUGCCACGCUGGGCUCUUCGGGCCGAGCCAGCGGCCCGGGUCUGCGCGGUGUCUGUGAAGGCCGAGUCCCAGAGCUGCGUGGGGAGCCGGGCGUGUCCUCGCCCUCGCGUGGAGUCCUGGGUCGGCUCUGUCACCAUCCUCCCAUUCCCCCCUGCCCCGUCCGAGCACGAGGCCACCACCCGAGGUGUGACCCAGCACGGCCUCUCCUCAAGUCAUGGCGCAGAGGCGCCGAUGUCUGGUUUUUAAACAUUUCUAUAUUUUCCAGGGGCUCACGAGUGUUUUAUAACUUCAUUUAGGUACUUCUGAAGACAUUCAGCAUUUUUUUAAAAACAGAGAAAUUGUUUUUCUACUUCAUUUUCCUGCCGGGCUCAGAGGUUAUUUAUUUGUUGGCCCUUUUUUGACAGACUGUGAGGCAGCCUGGCCCUGGCCAUGCAGUUCUGGCUGUGCCCUGCAGGCAGGUUCCUCUCCUCCUGACCCGACCACAGGACCCGGCCCAGGCGCCUUCUGGUCUCCAUCCUUUUGGAAUCCCUUCUUUUUUAUAACUUUGCCAGUCUGGUGUUUCUGUUUCAGCAUAACAAGAUCUACUUCACUGUCGUGCCGGCUCAGCCUGAGACGAGCAGGCGGAUGUGUCAGGCAGGACGGGUAGUGGGGCCCCGGUGUCCCCAUGGGUGCACCCCGGUGGUCCCAGCCAGGCUCCCGGGCCUCUUGUGUCCGCCCCGGUUGCUGUGUGACCUCCCUGCACAGUUUCUGAUGCGGGCCGGCGUCGGUCACCGUGAGCUCGGGCGGGCACUGCCAGGGCCCGUCCCCACCCGUGCUGUCCAUUCCCACGACACAGUCACAGCGCCGCCUGGAGGUGGAGGUGGGGUUUCCUCCCCGCGCAGAGCUCCGGCCUUGCUGGGGGUCUUGGCUUUUACUCCCGAGAUGAACCAGUGUACACUAGGGCCUCCUUGCUGCGAAGUGACUGCCAGGGCGUCGGGCGGGCGUGUCGCUCCCUUCCGUGGACACUCAGCCCACGUCUUUCCACCGAGCCUUGGGAAACCAAACCCUCUGUCACCAGGGCCCCACUGCCACCAGCGGGACAGCAUCACGUCAGCGGCGAUUGGCGAGCUGGGCGCCCUGGGGAUGAACAGUGACGGAUCCAUAACUGUAGCACACAUAAGGAUUAAUUUUUUUGAGACGGGGCCUCACUGUGUACCCAGGCUGGCCUUGAACGUGCCGCAGUCCUCCUGCCUCAGCCUCCCGAGUGCUGGGAUUACAGGCAUGUGCCACCACGCCCAGCAUAAAGGUUCAUUUUUAAAACAGGAAUGCCUGCAGGCCACCCAUGAAGGAGGUCAGUAAGCGAAGAUGUUCUGCGGGAGGGGCUGGGCACCCCCGCUGUCUGCAGAUGAAGGGUUUUUAUUGAAGUGCUGCUGCGCAUUUCCAGCCAGAAAUCCCUGAGACGCAGACUGAACGGAUGUUUGUGCCUCCGGAUCCUUCCCCUUUGCUAGGGGCUGUGGAUGUACCUAGGGGAGGGUGGGUUCUGCGGAGCGCCAGGCUCCCAGUGGAAUAAAGGGCAUGAAGGCGUGACCCCAAGA